CCCUAAAACGGAUGGCGGUAGAAUAUAAUUUUUUUUUUCUUUAAACGAAGAACGUGAAGAACUAUGUUGAACAAAUGAUCAGACAAACAUAAAUUGCAUCAUGUUGUUAAUGUACAAAAAUUAUCCACAUUUAUUAUUUACAACUAAAACAAUUUAAUGUCUAACCUAUACCAUCAAAGUUAACACGACAAAAGUUAGGUUAAAGUGUAAUAAGGCAGCAUUAACGAUUUGCUGUGGAGACAAAACAAUGGCUCAGAAGCUAUCCCCGGACAUGUUUAGAAGUGUCUUCAGAAGCAUAGAUAAAGACGUUGUACGCUGGUUUCCAGGUCAUAUGGAUCGUGGUCUCAAGCAGAUGCAGCAGAAACUCCGUUCCGUAGAUUGCAUUAUUGAAGUACAUGAUGCUCGAAUCCCAAUUUCAGGAAGAAAUGCCGAUUUUAAAUACACCGUUAGUGGGAUAAAACCCCAUAUUUUAGUCCUCAACAAAGUUGAUUUAAUCAACAGGAAUUUAAUACCGAAAAUUAAGGAUCAUCUAAGAAAUGAGUACAAUAACAUCAUUUUCACAAACUGUAAAGAUCAGCAGUGUAAAGGUGUAAAAGCUCUGUUCCCUUUAGCACAACAUAUUAUUAAAAACUCGGAUAGGUUCAAUAGGACAGGGAGUGAAGAUCAUUGUGUUAUGAUAAUCGGAGUGCCAAAUGUGGGUAAAUCGUCACUAAUUAACGCGUUGAGGGUGAGAUAUAUGCACAAAGGUAACGCUACACCUGUAGGAGCAACGCCUGGAAUAACAAGAAGUGUCCUUCAGAAAAUAAAAAUGAGUGAAAAUCCACUUUUUUACUUGUUGGAUACUCCAGGAAUUUUAACACCAAAAAUUGAUAAUACUGAGACGGGUUUAAAAUUGGCGUUGUGUGCGACUAUACAGGAUCAUCUAGUUGGAGAGACCAUUAUGGCAGAUUACUUGUUGUUUUGGUUAAACAAAAAUGGACAUUUUGAUUAUGUAGACUAUUUUCAACUUGAACAAGCUACAGACAACAUUUUAGAUGUUUUAAGACAAAUUAGUACAAAAAAAAAUUAUAUGAUCAAACUCAGAGAUGCACAUAAUAAUUAUGUACUUCGACCAGACUUGGAACAGGCAGCAAAAAUAAUGUUACGGGCGUUUAGAAAUGGUAACAUAGGAAAAUAUAUGCUGGACGAGAAUUUAUUGUAAUUUUUUUAUUUGUAAAUAGAAACUUCGUAUGAAUAAACUUAUUCAGAAAUAUAAAUGUUUCAAAGGUGUUGUUCAAAC